GCGUUUCAGCUCCUCUCCGUCCUGCACUCCCCGACCUCCAGCCCCAUUGGCGGAGCGCUGCUGCCGGGACCCCAAGGGUGCUUCCUCCUCCCGCCGCCCUGACUUGCUUCAGCCUCACCCCGAGCACCAUGCGGCCGCGUCGCCUCCUCUUCCUCCUCCUGCUUCUCUACCACAGGACAUGGGCAGAACCAGUAGCCCCAUCCCCUCUCCCAGCAGAAUCACAGCUUUUCCAGGUGCUCCAGACCUUCGUCCUCCCCAGUGCCAACUCCACCGAGGUGGCUGGGGAGGCUGUGCUGGCAGACAUGCUCGUCUACGUGCUGGACCAGGACACCUGGAACCUCCGCAUCUGCUACCCCUGGGUCCACCAGGCCAUGGCUGAGGGUGACAUAGAGAAGAUUCUGUCCUCCUUCAAGACUGGCAUGCGCAACGCGAUCCGAUUCAUGCACGAGAUGGCCAAGGAGGUGCGGGCGGAAUACCCUAUGGUGUUCCAGCUCCAUGCAGGCUGUGAGCUGCACCCCAAUGGGACGAGACACGUCUUCACCAAAAUUGGGGAGGGUGGCAGAGACCUGGUAGAGUAUGAGGUGGAGAGAAGGUACUGGGCUGUCCAGCAGUCGACCCCGCUGGCCAAGCUGGUGGGCCAGUCCCUCAACGGGAUGCUGGCUGUCAAAGAAAUGGUGGAGCACCUCCUCUACAAAUCCUGCCUGAGCCACCUCCGCGCCCUGUGCAGGCAUGGGAGGGCAGAUCUGGAGAGACAAGAGCCCCCCACUGCCACCGUCUUUGCCCGCACGGCCGGCCCAGCCCAGCUCCUGCUGGUUUGCCGCAUCACCGGCUUCUACCCGCGGCCCAUCAGCGUGGCCUGGCUGCGGGACGGCCACGAGGUGCCGCCGGGCCCGGCCCUGAACACCAGCGCUGUCCUGCCCAACGCCGACCUCACCUACCAAGUCUACAGCGUCCUGACCGUGGCUCCCCGCGACGGGCACAGCUACGCCUGCCGCGUCCGCCACCGCAGCCUGGGCACCCGCAGCCUCCUCGUCCCCUGGGAAAACCCCACUGUGACUCCCACCGUCGUCGUUGUCCUCGUGGUGCUGCUCCUUGCUGUUGCCAUUGCCAUCGGUGCUGCUUGGUGGUGGAGGUACAGGAGAGGUGCCGUGUCCAGGCGGGAUGUGCAGGAAUCCCUCGUCUGAUGCCCCCCAACCCCCGUACUGAGACCCCCUGCUCUGUCCCCAACCCACCUGCAUUUACAGAGGUGAUAAAGUGGGGCCAGGCCAGUGGGGGACAAGCAGGCCACACAGGAGCAAGAGAGAUGGAAGGCUCUGGUGGACGGUCACCCCUCAAGGCACAUGGAUCACUGUGCCCCCCAAAGGCUGGUCACUGCCCCCAGUGCUCCCUACCAGUGCGUGCAGAGCAAACCCCAUUGCAAGGGACACAAAGGCCACCAGCCCCUGGAUGUCGGGGAACAACUACAGCUGUGGGUGUCCCCACCUGCUGCAGGAGGGGACAGCCAAGGGCCACCCCAAUUCCCCGGCACUCAGGGUCCCAGAAAGCCCUCCAAGACACCCUAUGGCCAAGGGGCAUCCCAUUCCCAACCUGCCCUGUGUGCUCGCCCCCACACAUGUCCCUGCCCCACCUCGUGGCCCCAGCCCAGCCCCUGGCUUCCUUCCUCAUCACCAAGAGCCCCUCUCCUCCUCUCCUGCUGGAAGCGGUGAGGGGUGAGGGCGGAGGAGCCCCAGGCCUGGGACCUCCAGGACCCUGAACGCCCUCACGGAAACACAGGAUGGUGGAGGUUGGAAGGACCUCUGGAGACCACACAGUCCAACUCCCCUGUUAAAGCACAGUCACCUACAACACGUUGUGCAGGGUCACAUCCAGGUGGGUUUUGAAUAUCUCCAUGAAAGGAGACUCCACAACCUCUCUGGCAACCUGUUCCAGUGCCACCAGCACAGUAAAGACGUUUUUCCUUAUAUUUA